AUGGAUGAGCAUCAGAAGAAACUCAAUCAGCGGCACGAAGGAAAGCCCCGCAAAGUGAGGUUCAAAAUAUCAUCCGCGUACAGCGGUCGAGUGUUGAAACAAGUCUAUGAAGACGGGCAGGAGCUGGAGCCCCCGGCCAAGGAGCACUCCCGGCGUUUUCUCCGCCACAGCUUCGAGCCCGGGGACCCUUUCUGCGGGGCUGGGGAAGCGCCAGAGAACAGGUUGUACUCGCCAGCCCAGCUGACUGCCCAGCGCAUCAGCAUAUUCAAAGAGGACAAGAAAUACGGCCUGGCCAGCAACUCGCCUCUGCUCAGCGACGGCCAGGCCAGCGACGGCUGCUGCAGGGCUUCCCCAAUUUUAGAUUUUGGCAAGAUCAUCAUCUACACCAAUAACCUGAAAAUCAUCCGUGCGCCGAUGGACCAGAAAGAGCUCAUGAGGAGAAUCGUCCAGGCUGAGGGAAUAAGUGACUGGGCCUUCGUAUACCGGGAAAGGAAAGAAAGAUUUGUCAGCGGGCGUAAAAAAGAUGUGGAAAAAAAGGUUGCCUGCAACCAGUAUGUGCAG